AUGGAAAAAGAGGAAAAUAAGAAAAGGGGUUUUACUCUCGCCAACUCACUGAGUCACUCCGACUCGCCGCGUUCUCUAUGCCUUCCACAACCGACCACCACAUUCUCUGCCUCUGCCUCUUCCUCUUCCUCUUCCUCCGCCACCUCAGAGAGUUCUGUUCUAGCUCCAGUGCCAAGGUUUUGUGACAAGGGAACUGCUCCUCAAAAUUCUACACAAACAAAACCAGAUAGUGUGCAGUCAAUUCCUUCAAAUGAUGCGAACCUGCCGGAGGGGAAUGCGACUCAUACAAGGGCUUCCUCUGAGAUUAUCAGUGUGUUGAGAGAGCCAGCUGUAGCACAGAGAGUUUUGCUGGGCUUACUUGGCCCUGAUGAUACCAAGAUUAUGCAGGAGUACAAUGACGAUGGUUUGAGGCAAAACUUAUCCCACCAUGCCCUUGCUGCCUGCCUCCACUUUGCCAUGUGGCUAAGGGAGAAUGGAGAGUCUUCCUUGGCCUCCAGGGAGGGCAGUGAAGCCAGAGCUCAUGUUGCAGAGCUGGAGGAAAGAUUUAGAUAUGUUGAGGAGAUUCUGAGGCAUCAUGUCCAAGAAUACAAAUCUAAGCUGAAUGGCCUGCAAAAUAAUGUUGAUCAGCUGAGGCAGAAGGCUGAUUUCUGCGAGAGGAAAUGGAAGGAGCAGGAGGCCUUGCAUCAGGAGAAGGCCACUCGUUUGGAAGAGGUUUCGAGGCAGCUUGAGGAAGCUAACUCCAACCUUGCCAAGGUCACUCAAAGUCAUGACAUGGCCAGAACACGUAUCGAAAAGCUGACUGGUGCCCUCACUCUAAACAGGAAGCUCUACGAUCGGGCUGAGGUUGAAGUGAAGAAGUUUCAGCAGGAUUGUGAAAUGGAUAGGAUCCUUGGGGAAAUAGAGAAGGAUGAGCGUGCGAAAAAAAGGAUUGCUCUGACCACCGAGCUCAAGCUGAAUUGA